AUGAAUGAAGUCAAAAGAGCUGAGGAAAAAGCAGCGAUACGUGAUAGUCGUCGACCAACUACUAUUCGUAUGGUUUGUGAAGAAAAUAGGGGAAGCCAUAUUUCAUGUUGUCAGUGUGCAUUGCCUACGGCUAAUGAAGUUGCAGUUGUGUAUGUUGGAGAAGAAAAUGAUGUUCCUCUUGCCAGAAGUCUUGCAGUUUUCUUUAUAGAGUCAAAUGGGACUUCUUUACUAAACAUCAGCGAUAUUGACACAAAAAGCGACCUUCUUAUGUAUCCGCUUCUUUUUCCGAAUGAAAGAGGUGGCUGGGAUACAACGAAGGGAGCCCGCAUCACCCAGAUGAAGUAUUACUCUUACCUGUUUCCCGUUCGUGACAGUUUCAACCCGAUUCUCCAUUCAGGCAAAUUCCUUCAGCAAUUUGCAGUUGAUGCUUAA